GUUUCGAACACGAACGCGUCGCGAUGUCUCAGAAGUAUCGUCUGGAGAAUUUUCGCUAUAUAUUGGGGCUAUUCGCCUUCGUCUAUCUAUGCGAUGUGGUUUGUGCCUAUUCGGGACUAAUACCAGUCGAUCCAGCGAAUCCGGGAAAAUGCUUCUAUCGUGGUGAUCUAUUAACGUUGGGUGUUAACGAUGGCAUAUCCCCAUGCCAGCGCCUUACAUGCUAUGAAGACGGCUCCAUACUUAUCGAGGGAUGCGGCAAAUUGCGCAUCGACAACUGCAAUCGGGGCGAGCGCAUAAAUCUCGGCAAGCCAUUUCCGGAGUGCUGCAUCCUCAAAUACAAGUGCAAAAAACCGGAUGGUACGCCCUACUACAUUGAGCGCGACGCCGCGGACAAUGGGCCGACAAAAGCGGCAAAUGUUGCGUAGUGGCCACCACAACAACAACAACAUGAGCAGAAAAAAUAUACAACAACAACAACAACAUCAGCAGCAGAAGCAGCAAUGCAGAGUAGGAAUAAAGGAAUAAAAGCCAACGAUGCCUUCUUAGAUGUAACCAAAGAAGAGAAUUAAAACAAACAAACAAACGUUCUACUCGUA